AUGGAAACACAAAAGGCGCCAUACAUAAGGUACAAAGAAUAUCUGCAAUGCUGCAACGAAGCAGAGAGGUCAAUAUUAACAUAUAAUCACCAACAGUUAUACAGGAUGGUUCAACCACUUUCUCUACUCUCGUCUGAGAAUAGUGCUCUACAUGUUGCUUUUAGUAAACUCAGGAUGUCAAGAAGGUUCUUGCAGUUUUUGUUCGACAUAGGUUAUGGUCUAUCGAGUGUCGAUAUCUAUGAUAAUUCUUUGCUGCAUCUUGCGACAAAAGGAGAACAAAACAGGAAAGUAUUGAGCUUCUUGUUGGAUGCAGGCAUUUGUGUUAAUUCGGUGAACAUGUGGGGGAACAACGCACUAGUUACUUUGUCUCUGCAAAAAAGUCCGCUGCCUAGACUCAAAUUAUUGGUAGAACAUGGAGGGGUACUACAAUCUAACCUGAUUUAUUAUAGAGCUGCUUAUAGUGGAAGAAUAGAUCACAUAAUUCGAUGGUUAGCGUACAAAGGAGUAAACAUUAAUUAUCGAGAUCCUUUCGCCCAGCAGACCGCAUUACACGCAAGAAUGAAAAGUCCAACCGCAACUGUCUCUGAGAUAAUCAUGAUGGUUUCGCUUGGUGCUAACCUAGCAAUCAAAGAUUCUACAGGCAAAACGCCCCUCGAUAUUUUACGUUCCAGAGGAUUAUGGCCUUGUCGUUUCGAAUGUACCAGGAUAAAAUAUAAUGACGAUGAUUGCCCAGUCAGCAAGGGUCUGCCGCAUGAAUCUACAAAAGUAGAAAAACUAUUAGCCCGUGUGUCUUAUAAUUGGUAUUGUCAUACACGGGAGAUAUUAUUGACCUUUCUACGUGCAGCAACAAAAACCACACUUUGCCAACGUAAUUCGAUUGCAGAUGCUCUCCUAGAAACUAAAUGGUUAGAUUCGAGUGCAUUUCAUAUUCUAAAGAGUGUUUGUCUGUUAGGAACCCACAAUUAUACAAGCCAGGUUAUUAACCGAUUUCCCGCUAGUGGUAUAAAAAGUAAAUCACAGAUUGUGUUGAUUCUAAAAACGGGUAUUACACCGGAAAGGGUGAAUAAUAAUAAUGAACACCCUAAGACCAUUGCGUGGUUGAGCGGCAAGACGGUCAGGUAG